AUGUUCACCCAGCAUUUGCAACUCGCAUUGUUUGACAUCAAACUUAGAUCAAGCCACAAGAACUUACUAUUAAUCAAAGGAAAUGAGUUUGAUGUGGAAAACGUACUCCUUGACGGCAGUGUCAAGUUGUCACUAAAAGAGGAUAUCCACAUUAAAAAGAUCACCUUGUCUUUAGUUGGUGAGUUUUAUUACGAAUACUUUCUGAAGGAAACCCAUGACCAACAAUUGGACCGUUUAUGUGUCUUAAAGGCCGAUUGGAACAACCUUUUGACCAACGAUGAGGGCCAAUUGGUGUUUGGAAAUUAUGGUGACAAGACAUACCCCAUGUACAAGAUGAAAAAACACGGAAGCGGUCUGGAAAGAGGUUCUGGGCAAAAUUCAGGUGCCUCCACACCACGUCCGCAGUAUCAACGCACAAAAUCUACUCCAGUUUUCUCUUCACAACCAGGUUCCUCAGCGUCGAAAGAUAAGCUGAAAAUCAUCCAGAUCCCAAAGUCAGGUAUUGAUGGGACUCCAUACAAGAAUUUGAAGGACUCGUCGAAGCACUCGUUUCUUUUGCCAAAGGGCAAUUAUAGUCUUCCAUUUCAAAUAUAUCUUCCUGCAAAUAUUGCAGAAACUAUUGAAGGCUUACCAAUAGGAACAUUACUUUACCGAUUGCAGUGCUCUAUAGAAAGAGGCAGGUUUGAGAGAUCGCACCUGGUCAGCAAACAUAUACGAAUAGUGCGAACUUUACAUCCACAAAACCUCAAUCUUACCGAUAUGAUUGACGUCAACAAUACAUGGGUUGGAAAAUUACAAUACUGCGUCAGUAUGCCAAGAAAGGCAAUAGCUAUAGGGACAACAGUUCCAAUACAUUUGACAAUAGUGCCUAUUGCUAAAGGUCUAAGCUUGAAAGCUAUGAAUGCAUGCAUUGUGGAACACUAUCACAUUGAGGUGGACAAUAUAAGAUCGCCAGAAUUUGAAAGGUUAUGCGGGAAACAACAAUUGCACUUUCCCGACACUUCGACUUUACCAUAUGAUAAAUGGGUGAUAAAGACUCAUUUCAAGGUUCCCGAAAAUUUAAAGCAAAUCACUCAAAGUUGCGAAAUCAAGAGUGGAAUGAUUGUAGUGAAACAUAGACUAAGAGUCGCCAUUCAACUUAAGAAUAAGGAGGGGCAUACAAGCGAGUUGCGUGCUAAUUUACCUGUAUUUGUUUAUUUAAGUGCCAACUUGGGUCAUGUAAUUGGUCGGCAUUAUGAUGUUGAUAAUCAUCACGGUACAUUUCAGCUUGACUAUAAACGCGAAGAUACGCUUUUUCACAAGCGUGAUGUUUCUGCAGUUACAACGCCUGCAGUGUCAGAUAAUGAAGAUAAUGAUGACAAUGAAAACGAGGAUGGAGGCGGUGAGAGUAACGGAGAUGCAGAGGAUGAUGACUUGGAUAGAGAACUGUCUGCACCACCUUUAUAUGAGAAACACCAGUUUGACAAAAUAUACGAUAUGAACUUGCCACAAACGCCGCUUGAACAGCUCAGAUCACAAUCCGGUACCCCACUUGGAUCAGCUGAAAACUCUAUGGCUAACUUGGGGGAUUAUUUCGAUUUGCCCAUCAGACGCGAAUCAGCAUCGAUGGCUGGAAAGAGCAAAAACAAGCACACGCCUUCAAAGUCUGUGGACUUUCUUCACAUUCCUACUUAUGACGAGGCUUUAGAUGACGACGAAGAUGAUGACAAAUAUGCUGCUGAUGGGUUUGCACCUACAUACACCGACGGUAGCGGCAGCGAAAGCGCAAGCGUGAAAUCAGGAUCAGCAACACCAAUCAAGAUUAUGAAUAAUCCAAAAGCGAAUAAUAGCUUGUCGAGUUUUGGUUUCCACUUUAAGAGUAGCUCAGUGCCCCACUCAAGAUCUACCUCUGGUAUUAAAUUGGAUAAAUUAGAUAAAUCAGAUAAAUCAAGUGGAAGUAGUACUGCUAAUGGUACUAGAGCUGGGGGUGCAGGUGGUGCAGGUGAAUUAGGGCAAUCACCAAAACCACUGUCUGGGCACAGGUUUUUCAAGAAAAAAUAA